AUGUAUGGGAUUCCUAGAGAUACAAAUGAGCAAUACACACAAAUGUUGAUAGAGGUGGCAAACAAAUUGCUUGGAUUUCUAUCAAAAGGAAUUGGGCUAGAAGAAAAUGCAAUGAAGGAAGGGUUGGGUGGUGAAGACUUAAUCUACUUGAUGAAAAUAAACUACUACCCACCAUGCCCAUGCCCUGAUCUUGCUCUUGGGGUGGUACCCCAUACUGAUAUCUCUUCCAUCACCAUUCUUGUCCCAAAUGAAGUCCAAGGUCUACAAGUAUUCAAAGAUGAUCAUUGGUAUGAUGUUGCAUACAUCCCUAAYGCUCUCAUUAUUCACAUUGGUGAUCAAAUUGAGAUAUUGAGCAAUGGGAAGUACAAGAGUGUGUACCACAGAACAACAGUGAGUAAGGAGAAGACAAGGAUGUCUUGGCCAGUGUUCUUGGAGCCACCACCAGAGUUUGAGGUUGGACCAAUUCCAAAGCUCAUCAAUCAAGAUAAUCCACCAAAAUACAAGACUAAGAAAUACAAAGAUUAUCUUUAUUGCAAGUUAAACAAGCUUCCACAGUGAAUCAUUCCAAGUAAUAUAUGCAUAAACCAUAUAUAUCUAUAAUAUGUGUGUAAGAGACAUAAAUUUAUGCUUGUAAUAUGAGAAUGCGAUGGAUUUUAGUUUAAAGUAGUUUGAGUAUACAAUAAGCAGAGUGAGACAUCUACCCCUUUCCU